AUGGUAUUCAAUCUCGCGAUCCUUAUUUUCCCUCUUCUUCUCUCAAUUGCAAUCUCAGGACUCUCUGAAGUGCAAAAAGAUUUCCCAGAGAUGGCAAGAUUUGACGAAAUAAUGAAGAUGCUAAUGCAAUACAGCAAUGUCCCGGGCGCCCAAUUAGCCGUGGCAAAAGGCGGGCAACUGAAAUAUUUUAAAGCCUUUGGAGUAGCCAACAGAGAGAAUGGAGAACUUCUGCAAACAGACAACAUAAUGAGGUACAACAGCAUCUCUAAAGUCAUCACAGGGACCGCCAUCAUGAAGCUUAUUCAAGAACGAAAGCUCAGUCUCAACGACAAACCCUUCACUUUUCUCCAACAUCUCAAACCCCCCAAGGGCGCAACCGUCGAUAGCCGGUUAAAGAAUAUCACGGUACAGAACCUGUUGCAGCACACCGGCGGCUGGGACCGGACGUCCACCGGCAUCGACAUUCUCUCACAGCCGGCAACCUUGUACGCCGCUCAAGCCCUGGACCUUCCGCCGCCUCCUUCACCGGAAGACGCAAUUCGCUUCAUGAAAGCCCUCCCGCUCGAUUUUGAGCCCGGAUCGGCCAUGGAAUACUCCAAUUUCGGUUACAUUGUGCUGGGGCGGGUGAUCGAGCAUGUGACCGGAGUGGCUUACGGGCGCUACGUUGAAGAGAAUAUUCUUGGUCCCUUGGGAAUCAGGGGCAUAAAAUUGGGGCACACGCAGGUGCAACGAAGGGCAGAGAAGGAGGUAAUGUAUUACGGUCGCAACGGAAAAGAUAGUCUCUGGGUUUCCAUAUUUCCCGGCGAGGGCUUCGUCAACGCGAGCUACGGCAACUUGGAUUACAGUAGCCUGGAUUCCGUUGCCGGCUGGAUCGGAAGCGCCGGAGAUAUUGUGAGAUUUGUUGAUCAUAUCGAUGGGCUCCGGCAGCCGGCGGUUCUGGGGGAGGAUAUGGUGUACGCCAUGCUUAAUGCAGGGAUGCCUGAGAAGAGGUAUUUGAAAGGGGAUGUUCUGUUCGACCACUCGAAGGGACUGUUUGUGUUUGUUAGCGUGGAUGGAGAGGGCAAAAUACGAAGCUUUCAGCACAGAGGAGCGGCCACAGGGGCUCAUUCUUUUUUCAUGCGAUUGAGGGAGGAGAAUAUUACAUGGGCUUAUGUACUCAACACUUGGCCUUUGCAAGAUGAAUUUGUGUAUAUUGCAGCUGGUAAUAUUAGUGAGGUCGCGAGGGGCAUCCAGAAUUGGCCUGAUUACGACUUGACGAUUGUCUAA